AUGGAAGUGACAUAUAUUUUAUUCUGUGUAGUUUGUCAUAUAAUGAUUGAAAAAGGUCAUGGUAAUACAUUUUGGGAAUAUAAAAAGCUUUAUAGACAUCUAGAGGAAAACUUUGACAAAACCAUUAGACCAGUUAUUAAUCAGUCUAAGUCAGUUAUUGUAGGAAUCGACUUUAACCUACAGGCAAUUCAAGGAUUAGAUGAAAAGGAACAGGUCUUACAGUCUUCCAUUGCUCUAACGUGUAACUGGAAAUAUGAAACUUUGGUUUGGAAUGAAUCAGAAUUUAGUGAGAUCAAAACAAUGUAUAUACCACCUGUAGACGCAUGGAUACCCGAUCUUAUUGCAAUUAAUAGUAUUGACUCAUUAUACGUCCUGACAGAAAAUCGCGCGGACAUGUUACAAAUUAAAGUUGAAAGUAACGGUGACGCACAAUGGUAUACUGGAGGAAAUAUCCGUACAUCUUGUAAUAUUGAUAUCACCAAAUACCCAUUUGACGUACAACAUUGUACAAUUGUGAUUUCAAAAACAACCCCGGACACUGAAGUACUCAUUGAUGUUUUACGUGAUCAAUGCUUUAAUCGUAGUAAGAGAGGAAAACGUGUUACCUCUAGACCUGUUGAAGAAAUUGAGGCUAAUGAGCACUUUGUCAGAACAAUAGUUGUCAGAUAUUCAGACAUUAAAAGCUGUGUUCUAGUAAAUGAUGCUAUAUCUGAAUUUCAGCUUCCCAGUGCUACAAUCAAUGAAAUCAAUGACAUCUGA